AUGGUAGAUUCAAUUGUGCCUACUCCAAGCGUACUUCUACCAAGAUACUGCCUCAAGAAAGUGCUUGGGGCAGGGUCAUAUGGUAAAGUUUACUUGGCGAUGGACCUAGAAAAUGAUACGGAGGUUGCAAUUAAACUAAUUAACUAUAGCGAGCUUCCACAGAGCCUAAAGGUUAUACAGGAUGAGGAGAUAACAUUGCUCAAAACCAUACGGCACCCACACAUUGUCAGGAUGAUUGACUCCUAUCAUGACAGGCAGCAAAACCUGAUCUGCACAGUGCUUCCUCUGUUUCCCCGCGGAGACCUUGCUAGAUUUAUCAGACACAAUAGAGAAACACCGAUUCCUGAGCCACAAAUAUGGUGGCUGCUGGCUCAGAUGGGCAGCGCCCUGAGAUUUUUGCACAGUGGAGGCAACGGAGCUUGCAGAGGGAUCAUUCACAGAGACGUUAAGCCAGCUAACAUCCUCAUCGACAACAAUCUGUCGGUAUAUCUAACAGAUUUUGGGAUCUUUCGCUACAUAGACGGUAACACUAAAGCUCUGACGUUCGCGGGUACCAGAUGCUAUAUGGCCCCAGAGCAACUGUACAGACAAGCAUAUGACUGCAAGGUAGACAUCUGGGCGCUAGGAGUAACGCUCUAUGAAAUAAUGUGUAGGAAGGCUCUGUUCAAGCUCUCGGAUGACGAAUUCAUCAAGAAAAGCAUCAAGGCGAUCAGGCCGCUUCUUGACUCUAUCUCCAUCUACAGUACAGAACUGAAGGAGGUACUAAAGAAGCUAUUGACGAUUAAUCCAACGCAGAGGAUUUCUACUGAAGAGUUAUGUGAGCACCCCAUUCUAGCAGGACUUGUGAAGCUAGCGGAGAGUGGACAAGUGCCACCACAGGACUUAUAUGCAGCCCUUCCUGUUAUAGAAACAGCUACUCAGCACCACCCUAACUCGAGCUCACUUACCUUACUUAAGAUACCUACCAUUGAUGUUGACGAUCCCGAGAUUGAUGCUCUUGACAGGACGCCUAUUAUGCGGGCGGUCAUCUUGGGUGGUCCUGUGACCAUUGAUCCCAGGUACACUAGAUUUUCAACUUCACACGGGGUCACGGCAUUAAUGUUCGCAGCCGCCUAUGGGAACACGCGUGCUGUGGAGCUGCUUGUGCAACACGAAGCAAAAAUGGUGGACUCUGACGGGUUGUCUGCCAUAUUCUAUGCUGUAUAUGCGAAUGCCUUGGAUGCCGUAAAGUUGCUCUUGGAUGCAGAGCAUGACAUGCGUGACAACCGUGGAUGUACUCCACUGGUAACAGCGGCACGGCAAGGUCGCAAAGAAAUCGUUGCCUUUCUUGCACCGCGCAUGGCUGGACUGCAGGGGAGAAGUGGCUGGACUGCACUGAUGGCCGCAGCAACUAGCGACUCGGUUGAUUGUAUAAACGAGCUAGUCACAUAUGAGAAAGGGCUUAUUGAUAGCCACGGAGAAACUGCACUUAUGAAGGCGGCAAGGUGCGACAGCGUAAAUGCUAUUAGUCUCUUACUCCCAUAUGAAGGCGACAUUAUCCGAAAAGAUGGCAAGACAGCCCUGAUGUCUGCAGCAGAACUGAGCAAAAACAAUGCUUUACACCUUCUUCUUUGGCAAGCAGGGCUAGCCAAGCAUGAUGGAAUGACUGCCUUAAUGUUUGCCGCAAGAAAGGGUAACAUAGAGGGAGUCGAGGUUUUACUACCUCUCGAAAAGACUCUGCAAAACUCUCGAGGCAACACGGCUCUGAUUGAGGCGAUCCUCACCAAGCAAGUGGUCGCUGCAUACUGUCUUGUGCCCCAUGAAGGGCAUAUUGCAGAUCAUUCCGGGACUACCCCGCUUAUGCAUGCGCAGAUGCAGGGCCUUUUGGAUCUCUGCCAGCUCCUUCAACAGAAUUAA